AGGCUCCUGGCCCGGCUGAAGGCCCCUUUCUCCCCCGGCCCCAGGGACGCUGCCCGACUGCCGCCACCGCCAUGCUCCUGGAGCGAGCGCGAGGACGGGACAAAGACACCGCCGCCUCGGAGGGCUGCGCCUUGGCCCGCAGCGCAGAGCUGCCGCUGUGCGCCGGCUGCAGCCAGCCCAUCGGAGACCGCUUCAUCCUGAAGGUGCUGGAACGCCACUGGCACGGGCGCUGCCUCAAGUGCCGCGACUGCCACGCGCCGCUGGCCGACAAGUGCUUCAGCCGCGGGGACGCCGUCUUCUGCAAGGACGACUUCUUCAAGAGGUUUGGGACCAAGUGCGCCGCCUGCCAGCAGGGCAUCCCCCCCACGCAGGUGGUGCGCAGAGCCCAGGACUUCGUCUACCACCUGCCCUGCUUCUCGUGCGUGGUGUGCAAGCGGCAGCUGGCCACCGGCGAUGAGUUCUACCUGAUGGAAGACAGCCGGCUGGUCUGCAAAGCCGACUACGAGACCGCCAAGCAGCGAGAAGCUGAAUCCACAGCAAAGAGACCCCGCACAACAAUCACAGCCAAACAAUUGGAAACCUUGAAAAAUGCUUACAACAAUUCGCCCAAACCAGCUCGGCAUGUGAGAGAGCAGCUAUCUUCUGAGACAGGCCUGGAUAUGCGGGUUGUGCAGGUUUGGUUCCAAAACAGAAGGGCCAAAGAAAAACGCUUAAAGAAAGAUGCUGGGAGACAAAGGUGGGGACAGUAUUUCAGAAAUAUGAAGCGAUCAAGAGGGAACUCCAAAUCAGACAAGGAGAGUAUCCAGGAAGAAGGGCCAGACAGUGAUGCUGAGGUCUCCUUCACAGAUGAGCCAUCGAUAUCAGAGAUAAACCACUCCAAUGGAAUUUACAACAACCUUAGUGAAACUUCCCCUGCUUUAGGGAGACAAGCUGGGAGCAAUGGCAGCUUCUCUUUGGAACACAGUGGCAUUCCGCCUCAGGAACAAUACCAUGACCUUCGAUCCAACAGCCCCUACGGCAUACCUCAUUCACCAGCCUCUUUGCAAGCUUUGCCUGGUCACCAGUCUUUGAUGUCCACCCUGGUUUACCCUGACAAUGGCUUGGGUGUCAUAGGUCAAACCGAACAAGCUGUGCCUCCACCCAUGAGAGUACUAGGUGGGAAUGGACCCAGUUCAGAUCUCUCCACAGGAAGUAGUGGAGGUUAUCCAGACUUCCCUGCAAGCCCUGCUUCUUGGUUAGAUGAAGUUGAUCAGGCUCAAUUUUGAUACAGGAUUCAAGAGGUUGUAGCUUGUAUUUCAGGCUCCGGAAAGACAAUAUGGAAUGACAGUUUUAUUCUAAGGGUAGGAAAAAGCCAGCAAAGAUUCUUGGAAAAAAACAACAUGAAACAAGGACUAGCCCAGGAACAGAUUAAUGGGGAACAUGGACUACAGAAAGUCACACUUGCACCAUCUUUACAGAACUACUGAACAUCUAUAAACUUGGGCUUUACAGGUUUGAUGGUGUGUAUGGGUGGAAGGGUAGGAGAGGUGGUUUUCAUUUUGAUUUGUUGUUCAGAUACUCUUCAUAACAAGAACUAACCUCUGUACUUCACACACCAGUUCUUAUGGUCAAGAAUUUCAUCUGUGGAGAAAUUAAAAUGCUAAAUUUCAAGAGGAGAUGUACAAAGAAAAAUCUUUCAGAUAGCCUGGUGAUAUUGUUGCACUUGUACUUUUAUAAUGUGGUAUGGAUUUCUUAAAAAAAAUUACAGUUCUAGGUUUAUAAAGCCAAUUGAUUAGUCAAAA